AUGUGCGCCACGGCCAGCGACCCGCCGAGCCGCGCCCCCCCCGACGAGGGGCCCGCCGCGGCGGCGGCCCGCCCGCCGCGCUUCGCGGCCCUGGAGCGCCUGCGCCCGCCCUCGCCGCCGCGGGCCCGCGCGCCGCCCGAGCGCGCGCCGCGGCGCGGGGCCGCGGGCGGCGCCGCGGGCGAGGAGGCCGGCGGGCCACGCCGCGCGGCCGUCGGGCAGCAGGCCGGGCCGCAGGGGCCGGAGGCCCGCGCCAGGGAGCGGGCGGUGUGCCCCAUCUGCUGCGGGGACCUGGGCAGCCUGCGGGAGGAGGUCGGGGCGCUGACCUACCAGGGCAGCCGCGUCGAGCGGGACCUGUACCACGUCGGGUGCAUCACACAGAUGCUCGCGCACGGCGGCAACAUCCGGACGCAGCGGGCGCCCGGGGGUCGCGGCCGCGGCCGCGGCUUUGCGCCGUGCCAGAUCUCUUGGGGCGCGAGCCCGGUCACCAGGAAGCCUGUGGACGGCUUUGCGCCCAUGCCGCCGAUGGAGGACAGGAAGAGGUGGGCGCAGUUCCUGGACUGGUCCGGCCGGGGGCACUGCGACGUGGCGGAGCUGGCCCUCGCGGUCGGCGCCAUGCUCCCCGUCGACGAGGAGGCCAUGGAGCUGUUCAUGCGCCAGAACUUCGAGGUCUCCGACGACGGGUCGAUCGCGCUGGCGGAGCUGGAGGAGCGCAUCCUGCCCCACCUGGAGGAGCACUGCGAGGAGCUGUGCAGGAGCAGGGCGCGCGAGGCGCAGCGCCUGUCCCGUGCGCAGCACGAGCACCUCUGGCUGCGCCUCGAGCAGCGCGCCGGCGGGCAGCCGCUCCCGCUGGCCGAGGCCGUCGCGGCGGCGCAGGCCCUCUCGGGCGCGGCCGAGGAGGGGGACCCCCGCGCCAUCCACAUCGCUGCCCGGCUCCUGGAGGACCCCGAGGACGAGGUGCGGCGCGCCGCCGUCGUGCUGCUGACCCGGGCCGCCGCGCGGGGCGACCAGCAGGCGCUGGAGGCCGUGGGCGCGCGGCUGCGCAGCCGCAGCGUGGGCAGCCGCCUGGCCGCGCUGGACGCGCUGCGCCAGGUCGCCUGCGCGGGCGACCGCCGGGCGGUCGACAUGGCCUCCUUCCAGCUCGGCGACCGGGACGCCGCCGUGCGGCAGGCCGCCGUGCGGUGCCUGGCGCAGGUGGCCGAGCCCGGCUGCCAGCUGGCCACGCAGGCGCUCUGCUUCCGGCUGGAGGACCGGAGUGCGGCGGUGAGGUGCGCCGCGGUGGAGGCGCUGGCGCGGGUGUCGUCGCAUGGGGAUCCCAGUGCCGUCGCCGCGGUGUCCGCGGGGGUGGCGGACCCGGACGCUUCCGUGCGCAAGGCCGCGCUCUGCACCCUGUCGCGGCUCGUGGAGCGGCGCAACGACUGCGCCGUGGAGGCCGUGCUGGUGCAGCUCGCGGACCCCGACGGGGGCGUGCGGCGUGCGGCUGUGGAGGCGCUCUCCUGCCUCGCGGGGCGCGGCCACGAUCGGGCGCUCGCGGCGGUGACCGCCCAGCUGAUGCACCCCGAGUCGGCGGCGCGCGAGACGGCCGUGACCGCGCUCGCCGCGCUCGCCGAGGCUGGAAGCCAGUCCGCGAUGCAGCUGGCCGCGGCGCGCCUGAAGGAUGAGAGUCCCCGCGUGCGCCGUGCCGCCGUGGUGGCGCUGGGCAAGGUCGCUGCCGCUCCGCAGAAGGGGAUGCCCCCCGAGCUGCGGCGCCUGGCGGCCUGCUCGAAGGACGCCGACCCAGCCGUGCGGCAGGCUGCCGAGCAGGUCUUGCAGCAGCUCCGGAUGCCCGCCGGCGCCGCGGAGGCGUCUCCCCUGCGGAGGUUGCUGCGGCUGCGGUGA